UCGGGAGGAAUGGACAAACGGCUCCUUAAAGCUGCCAUAUCUGGUGAUUCCACGUCAAUGCGAGCCAUGGCUUCACAGGAUCGAAACAUUUUUCUUGGAAAAACUCCCCAAGGAAACAAUUGCCUCCACAUAUCCUCCAUUCAUGGCCACAAUGAUUUCUGCAAGGAUGUUCUGGAACUAGAAGAGUCUCUCCUUGCCGCUGUAAACUUGGCAGGGGAGACACCACUUAUGGCUGCUCUGACAAAUGGUCAUGUCUCGGUGGCUUCCUCUCUCCUCAGAAGCUGCUGUCAGCCAGCAUUAAGGCAGGUAAUCUUGCAGCAAGACAGGCAUGGAUAUAAUGCGCUGCACCAUGCUAUUCGCAACGGCCACAAGGAUCUUGCACUGCAGUUGGUAACAGCCGAGCCUGCACUGUCGGCAGCAGUGAGCAAGUGCAAUGAGUCACCCAUGUUCUUUGCGGUGAUGAGAGGUUUUACGUACAUUUACGAGAAACUAAUGCAGAAUCCUGAUUGUGCUUAUUCGGGAGGACAGCACGGUUGCAAUUGUCUACAUGCUGCUGUUAGAAAUGGUGACCAAGAAAUUGCUAAAAUAAUUAUAGAGAAGCGUCCUGAAUUGGCCAGAGAAGCUGACAACGUAUCAUGCACUCCAGUAAGACAGGCUGUACUUGAUGGCAAGAUUGACAUAUUACGAUUAAUGCUGGAACAUGAUUCAACUCUAGGGUAUGAAAUAAACAGCUUGGGCGAUCCUCUCCUUAUUGCUGCCGCAGUUCGAGGUCAAGCUGCUGCUGCACAAGAACUUCUGAAACACUGUCCUGAUGCUCCUUAUUAUUGCACAGAAGGUGGCAAGUGGACAUUGCUUCAUCAAGGUGUAUGGUAUGAUCAUGCAGAGUUCGUUGAGUUUGUCCUGAAGGAACCACUACUUCGCAAAGUUGUUAACAUGCAAAACAAGUAUGGAAAAACCGCUCUUCAUUAUGCAGUCGAAAAGUGCAAUCCUAGAAUAGUUGCUGCUUUACUGUCUCACGAGGAUAUAGAUGCAACAAUACUGGACAACGAAGGUUUUUCAGCAGCUUGGCAACUGUGGGGUUUGAUGCAGAAUGCCAAGACUUUAAACUGGAAUGAAGUGAUCAUGCGUAUAUCAAAAGCAUAUCCACAAGGUGCUCCAUCUCUACAUAAUCUUCAAAUGGAAGCCAAACAAAACGCGACUAGCGCAUCAAGGAAGGAUGCAAAGUCACUAACUCAAAUCUACACAAGCAACACUUCUUUGGUGGCAAUUCUUAUUGCGACAAUCACCUUUGCCGCUGCAUUCACCCUGCCUGGAGGGUACAGUAACGAUCCUGGAAGCGAGGGACUUCCCAUCAUGUCUAAUAAGUUUUCUUUUCAGGCAUUCUUGAUUUCUGAUGUCUUAGCGAUGUGUUCCUCUUUUGCUGUGGCCUUCAUAUGCAUCAUAGCCAGGUGGGGGGAUUAUGAGUUCUUACUUUAUUACAGAUCCGUCACUAAGAAGCUAAUGUGGUUUGCGUAUGUGGCAACAACUACGGCCUUUUCAACUGGUUUAUACACGGUGCUGGCCCCACGUCUCCAUUGGUUGGCCAUUGCAAUCUGUGUUCUAGUAGCUUUGUUGCCCAUUAUUACUUGGCUGCUUGGCAAAUGGCCUGUCUUGAAGCUCCGAUUUCGGUUGGGUAAAAGUUUCAAUUCCGAUUUCCUCGACAUGGUGUGACCUCAUCAAUUUGUCUUAUUGUUCUGCCUUCU